GAUCGCAUCUCUGCUGCGGGUGGAUCGGCGGGUGGACUGUGAAGUGAGUGACUCGUCUCUACUACUGGGGCCACAGAGAGGGAUAACCGCAGAGGAAUAUACUGACCCAGAUCGUGUGUUGAAGGAGCUACUGGCUGAGGACCGGGGAUCAUGAAGCUGUGGAAAAAUAGUAGCCCUCGUCAACAGAGCGAACUCGGAUAGAGCCGGAGUAUGUGAGGACCCCAGACGCACCGAUGGACGCCUUUAGGCAAUGUGUCCUCCUGGCACUCGUGUUGUUAGAAGUGGCAGGACGCUCCGAGGACGAAUGUGGGAGUGGAAGAGCGAGUUGUGAGGUGACGGCGGUCCAAGAGGGGAUGGUGAACUUGGUGUGUGGAGGAGACCUGUACAGAUCAAGCAAUACUGGCAGACUCGACUCGAAUAAUGGGCGACUAGGCGAACCCAUCGACCGGCGCAAUACAAGUACACUGGACAAUAUUAAACCAGAGAGUGAAGGAACAGAUGGAACAAUCAGUGAUAAAGUGAUUACACAGCCGGCCGAUGGGCUUUCCGUCUACACUGCGACAACAGACCGAGGGCCGACCAGAGCCGCACCCAUCGACCGGCGCAAUACAAGUACACUGGACAAUAUUAAACCAGAGAGUGAAGGAACAGAUGGAACAAUCAGUGAUAAAGUGAUUACACAGCCGGCCGAUGGGCUUUCCGUCUACACUGCGACAACAGACCGAGGGCCGACCAGAGCCGCACCCAUCGACCGGCGCAAUACAAGUACAUUGGACAAUAUUAAACCCGAGAGUGAAGGAACAGAUGGAACAAUCAGUGAUAAAGUGAUUACACAGCCGGCCGAUGGGCUUUCCGUCUACACUGCGACAACAGACCGAGGGCCGACCAGAGUCGCACCCAUCGACUGUGUGUGGUACAACUGUACGACAGAACAGAAAGUGCAAAGUCAUUGGUCUACAGUCACUACAGUGCAAGUUACGUUGUUAAGAAAUAUAACGUUUUUGGAUGUUUCUCCUUUCCAGAAUGCGAGGACUAUUAUUCUAAACUCGUUUGGUUACUCUUCGUUCGUGACUUGUGGUGCUAAAAAUGUUACGGAACUCUUGACCUCGUCUUCUAAUGUUGACAAUCCUUUCUUUAUCCGGCAUAUGACAGGUCUGAAACAUUUAGAUCUUUCAAACAACAAAAUUACAGUAAUACCAGUUGAUGAUCUACCUAAAUCUGUAUUGUAUUUAGAUUUAUCCUAUAAUUACGUCGGGAUCGGUAAGAGUAUUAUCCUUCCUGAAGCUCUCAGAGUACUGAAUAUUUCUUACAAUAGCAUAACAAAUGAUAAAGACAUUAUUUUAAAAGGCAAUCUGACAGUAUUAGAUCUGAGAGGAAAUAAAUUGGUUUGCGUUCCUAUUCUUGAAAUGAACAAUUUAGAAGAGCUAUACAUGUCUGAAAAUAAACUAUAUGUUCUAAAAGGGGACGUUUUUACUAACUUGACAUCACUCGUGGUUUUGGAUCUUCGAGGAAACUGCUUGAAUAGUCUCGAGGAGACAGUGUUUCAAGGGUUGCACAAACUGCAGAGAUUGGAUAUGUCCGAAAACAACGUCGUAUCUUUAGCACCAGCAACCUUUCAGUUUUUAAGUAACCUUAUCGCUUUAUCGCUGUCUGGUAAUUCAAACCUAGGAAAUUUACAAAACGUUGAAGACGCGUCUUUUUUGUUUGGAACUGGUCAACGCCUUCAAGUCAUUGACGCAUCAAAAACAAAUCUAACAAGGAUACCUUCGACAUUAACGAGAUCCGUAAGAAAACUAAUUAUUUCAGACAACCUUAUUGGUGGUAUCCAGUGUGGAGAUCUGGACAGUUACCCGUUACUUCAAACCAUGCAAAUCUCCAACAAUCUGAUUUCUGACAUCGAAGAAGACGCUUUAGGAAGACUGGAUUUUCUUUCAAAUCUUUUAUUAUCCGGUAAUAAACUUACCGUUAUUCCUAAAAGCCUUCCCAACCAGUUGCAAAUAUUUGAUUUGAGGUGUAACUCUAUAGAGAAACUCACAAAGUACGAUUUUUUGGGUCUGCAGAAACUUCAAGUACUACUGCUAUCAAGAAACAAAAUAACCAUUAUCGAAGACGGUGCUUUUGGACAGCUAACCACUCUAGAGGUCUUAGAUCUCUCCCACAAUCCUAUCAAAUCCUUGUCCAGAACGUCAUUCUUAGGGCCAAGAAAGUUAAGAGAAAUUUACUUGAUUUCAUUGAAAGAUCUGAUCCCCAUUCAAGAACCAUUUUCAUUUCCAGCCCCUGAAUCCGCUCACUUGGAAGUUUUAAAUAUGGAGUCCAGUCCGAUUCUAGCCACACAACUCAUGGAAGAUGUCGCUGCCCUAACGAUGUUCCAUGAACUGUUCGAGCUCAAUUUGAACCACUGUAGACUGUCCACCCUAAGGAGUGAUUUACCUGCGUACCUUCCGAGACUGCACAAGUUGGAACUGACCGGUAACAAGUUUAACUGCACCGACAUAGUCUGGCUAGUCAAGUGGCUGCAGGCUCUGAACAUUUCGAUGCGAGACACCGGUAGAUUCAGACGAGAGAUAUAUAACUUAAAGGAUAUAUGUUGUGAAGAAGCCACCGAAUCUAAAAGUUACGACGAAAUGACUGUAAUAUGCGCCAGCCCCGCGUAUCUCUCAGGAAAACAGAUCAUCUCUCUCGAGGAGGAAGAUUUCCCUGAUUUGAAGUUAACGAGUUCUCCGCAUCCGCCAGCGAGUCAAGUUUCUAUCACCACAUCUUAUCUCGCACGUUCUCGCCCGAACUCGGCGAACAAUACAUCAUCCUCAGUAUUAGGUAUGAUCGACACGCCGAUCAAAACAACUCUAUCUAUUUAUAACGUUACUCAAAUCGCUUCUUACGAAGUUUCAACUACACACACAAUAUCUCGAACUUCUCUCGAAAAUACACUGUUGAACACUAUUCCUCACGAGCCGAAUCUCAAAAGAACAGAAAGUACUGAAUUUCAGGACACUGCGACCCGCGUAUCAAAGGUGGAAUUUUUAAAAACGUGGAGCGAAGAUAUUUCGAGGAAUCGAUCGGCACAAAAGUGGAGGUAUUUAAAUAGUGAAACAAAAUACCAACUAGCGACCUCAGAGCCGAUCGUUUCGUUACUAAACGACACAAACACUAUUCUGAGUGAUUAUGACAAUCACAUGAACGAGUCGAUCAGCUCGGGAGUGUACAUGGCACACGGGCUUUCGGCGCCCUCCCACCCGGGCAUGAUGGUCUUCCUGGCGAUCGUCGGUAUCUUCUUCCUGGCAGCGUCCACGAUGGUGUACUCGCAGUGUUCGCGUGCCAGGAGAGCCAGAGAGUAUCGGCACCACCAGGACAUAGAAGUCUCCAGUUUCGGCGGUAAUGAACUGUGGUGACCUCUACUUACCGAUCCUAGGGAAGGUUUGAGGUGAAACCGAAUAAGUGUAAGUCGUGGCUUCGUGUGAGUUCAGCCAUGUGGUCGGCUGAUACAACUAUUCAGGUAUUCAUUCAUUGAAUGUUCCAGGCGAUUCGAGCAAUUUAUUUUAAUUAUUUCGAAAGAACGUAACGAGUUACGGAUUUGUCUUUUGAAUUUAUUAGCUUUAUUCUAAAAUAUUAUUCUAAACUACUAUCGACCACGAGUAUAUGUUGCAGUCACGUUUUCAAUUUUCAAUACUACCAUUCAUAUUGAAAAGUGCGGAGCACAGUACCACAAGAAUAUUUCAUUUUCUUAGUAACCUUAAUAGCAAGGUCAUCAUUUACUGUAGUCAGGUGUGUAGCUUAGUGCAGAAUAUAUAUCCAGAUUACACUAGAGUCUAAUGUAGAAAUAUUGAAAACUGUAUUUUACUAUCACAAUUGUUAUAUGCACAUGCAGUAAAUCAAAAUUGAGAUUUUCAGCUAUGGUUUUUCAUUACUCUGAGAAACAAUGCCAGUUGUUUCAGGUAUUAUGUUAUACAGUUGGCCUCUGUUUGAAAUUUCAACUUAUUUCAAUCCUGAAAGCUAAGGUUUAGUAAAAAGUCUAUUCUCAAAUCCAAGAUGUAUUUUGAAACAUUAAAAAAGUUAAGGUUUGAUAAGUUGUUGGUUCCCUCUCCGUAAAAUAAAUAUAGCUUUAUUAUUUUAUUAUAUAUUAUUUAUUCUAACUUAAAUUUUAGAUUAUAGGGGAGUUUUGGGAGUUAAUAAUAGUAUUUUCAUUGAUCUACCGAAGUUAUUGACAAGAAGUGCAUUAGUAUAAAGUGGCGCAGUUGUUCUGUAUUAAUGUAAUGUUGAAAAUUUCGUAGAAACAUCGUCUUCCUGUAAAACGUCAGUAUUAACACUUUAACUAAAACCAUAAAAAUUAAUGAUAAUAAUAUAAUUUGAUGCUUUAUAUGUCAAUAAAUAUUGUAAAUUUGACAUGCUUUAUUUUACAUUAGGCAAUUUAAUUGUAAGCACAUUACUUGUAAACUAUAAAUGUCAAAAUAUAUAUUUGGGGAUUUUGUAAGAAUAUUAUAUUUUUUCAAAUUUGUAUUGAGGUACGGAGUAGUUUUCCUAAUGUUUGUAAUAUAGUUAAAGAGAAUAUAGUCAGCGGAAGUGUAUUUAGAUUUAGUUAUUUGUAAUAAUACCUUUUUACUUGUAAUGUAGUAUGUGAUAAAGCUUUGAACCAAUAAUUUAGUAGGCUUUGGUUUUAAUAAUGAGGUUUGUACUAAUUAUUAAUUAUAAUGUUAUUAGUUUGGAAUACUAAGUGUAAUGAAAUUCAAAUUUUAACAAUUAACCUAUGUUUACAAAUAUAUUUAUAACACAUCAUAGUUUGUACAAAUUAUAAAUGUAAUUAUUUUAAAAUUUAUAUAUAAUAUUAAGUGGGGGAUUUGAAUGGUUCAUAUUUACUAUAUAGUUGUUUCACAAAAAAUAUCCUUCUAAAAAAAUUAAGUUAACGAUUCUAACCAAAUUGUAGUUUAUUGUGGGCUGAACAAAUGUAACUAGCAUCUAGCAGCAGUUGAGGUAAACAUGUAAAUAGACUUCUUAUAUGACCUGUUUACCAACUCGUUAAGAAAGAAAUGUUAGCUUAAGGUUUUCUAUUGUCUAAACCAACAUGUAAAUAUCCCUAGGUUGUGCAAUAAGCAAUCAGAUAAAUCAUUUAUUUAAACA